AUGUUUGACGCAAUCAAAGAAAGACGUGCUGUUAGAUCUUACAUUACAGAAGAGAAAAUCCCAAAGGAUGUUCUUGAAAAUAUUAUUAAAGCAGCUCAAAAUGCUCCAACAGGAUGCGAUUUCCAAUCAUAUGAUUUCAUAGUUGAUACUAACAGAGAACAUCUUACUAAGAUUGCACACGCAGUCUAUAACUCAUUCCCAGGCAUCGAUAAGUUCCUUAAGAAUCCAGAUAUCUUCUAUGGUGCUCCAUGCGUUAUUUUCAUUGUACCUGCACGUCCAUUCCGUGAAGACUGCUGCGUAUAUGAUAUGGGCAUUAUCGGUCAGUCCAUUUGCUUAGAAGCUAAAGUUCAAGGUUAUGCUUCAGUUCAAAUUGGAUUCGUCCAUGGAACUAAACCAGAAGUCCUUAAACCAUUCCUUGAUUUGCCACGCGAUUUGAGCCCAUUAGCUGUUGCAAUUGGAAAGCCUUCACCUGAUUUCACACCAGCACCAAAGGAAAUCACAUCCAAGAUUCACUGA